AUGCGCGAUCAUCUCCAACAACAACAGCCAACAAAGGAAGAGCAGCAACGGCCGACACCUCGGUACACUCAACAUGAAAAAUACAAGGAGCAGGAAAAGGCGUAUUUCGAGCAUAUCAUUGCCGAGGUCGGGGUGGAGAACGAACUGAAUUUCAGAUUGGAAGAGAGUAAGGAGGAGCUGACUGGGAGUGCGCUACAACAGGUAGAUGUGGAUGGAGGAGGGCAAGAUGCAGUGGGCGGAAAUGGCGAUAACGUUGGCGAGGCAAGUCACAAGAGCUCGCCCUUGUCGGACACCGACAUCGGCACGACCAUCCAAACACUGAAAGACUUGGCGGGCGACAGUGAUGUUCUCACGACCGAUGGCUUUAAGCGAUCCAUGGCCGAAGACCUUACCCUGUUCUGUCUUAUUGAUGGGCAGUCGAUAUCGAACGCCUUCUCUGUCGAGAUUAACCCCAAAAAGACAGUCGAUGGCCUCAAGAAGUCCAUUAGGAACGAGAAGCCCAACGAGUUUCGCGAUGUCGAUCCAGACGAGCUCACCCUCUGGCGCGUCUCAAUCCCAAUCACCGACGAGGAUGACGAAGUUCCCAUCGUGCUCAACUUCUUCGAUGAGAAGAAGAAACUCGGUCCAGCAACUCGUCUCUCCAAGGUGUUCCCUGAGGACCUUCCAGAAGAGACGAUUCACAUCAUCGUUCAACGUCCUCUGCUGCCGCAAUCAGAUGACCUCAAUCCCGAAAUCGCUGCACUCCGCAAGCAGCUGUCCGACAUGCAAGAUUCCUCUAUUACUAUUGGAAUUAUCGUCAAGCCUGAGAGAAAGGUCAUAUGCAACUGGUCUGCCGCGAUUGAUACGGUGACUGUGAGUGACUUGAUGAAGGUUCUCGUUGAGUUUUAUCCACAGUACGAUCACGACGACUAUGUGGAAUUACAUUUCUACAUCACGCGCAGCAGCCCGUCGGAACCCAUACGCGAUGACGAGGACCUGCGCAGAGUACUCAGGGUCGCCAAAACUCAAUCCAUGAAGCAGCUGACCAUAUCACUGGCUACACCAACCAAGGGUUUCUCCGCAUGGACAUUCAAGGAUGUCGUUUCUGAGUAUAACCUCUCGGAAUCAACCGAUGUUGGCAUUGAGGUUCUUCCGCCAUUUGUCGGUAUCGAAGCUGCGCCUCUGAAAUCGGAUCUUGAGAAAGAGGUGCUGAGACAUCUCCUCGACGAGGUCGGAUUAAGGGUGGAAGUUAUGAAGCUGCUGGGCGCGAACGAGGCAACACGAUCAAUGGUGGUCGCUUCGUUCCUGCUCGCAGCGACAAAGCUAUUCAAGGAAGACCUAUAUCUUGCAUCCCAACGAGACCUCAGCGGGCGCCGAGGCAAUGGAGCGCUGGACUUUUCGGUCCAUCCACGGGAGACGCACUCGUACACCCUUGGCGUGACGGAGGUGAAGAAGGAAAACUUUCCACAAGGCGUGGCUCAAAACAUUGUGCAGCUGGAAGCGGCCCUGACAUCAAAGAAACGCAAGCGCGGGACGUACGAGAUUGACGGGGAGGAAGAGUCUCUGAGAUCUUACGGGAUUGUUACCGACGCAAGCCAGUGGCUGUUGCUUGAAUGCACGCUGCAUGAAGACGAGACAGUGACGUACAGGAUGCAGGAGCUUGAGCGAACUAUAAACUACAGCGGCAAGUGGCAGGAGGAUGCGAAAUUUGUAUUCGAACGGCUUGUUUGGCUUUGGUCUCGCAUGCGGGAUGAAAUACCGGCGCGCGAGAGGUACUCCCGGAAAGCGAUCUCUCCACCCAGCGACAGGAAGACCACAUCGUGA